CGAAUCAUCUUCAUUGAAGAAGUAACAAGUGAAGGAUGAAUCUCAUUCGUAUUUUUCUCCUCGUUCUUGCAGUUGUUGUAUUGAAUGUAGCAGCAACAGGUUACACGAGUCGAUAUUGCAGUGUCGCCUACAUUAGAUAUGGAGCAGCUCGGACAGCUUAUAGAGUUCGUAUUGGACAAUCGUACACAUAUGCUUGUAGAAGCGGAUACCGGCUUGUAGGAACUGCUACCAUUCAAUGCACAAGCUCAGGUUGGGCAAAGCGAACUCCCUACUGCAGUAGAGUUACAGUUGGAAAAUGCCGACGACCAGGUCGCGUUCGAUACGCAUCCUUUCGUCCAUACCGUAGCUGGUACACUGCUGGAACAAAUGUGACAUACACUUGUCGUCGUGGUUACGCCCUUACUGGUCAAUCAAUUCUCACGUGCCAAUCCAACAGCAGCUGGUCUCCCAACAGGCCAACUUGUACCAGAAUUGUGAUCAAGUGCCCAGCCAUCUCCGGACCAGCUAAUGGUUUAACUAAACCAAUUAUCUCGAGAUCAGUAAGCAUUGGAACCCGAGUUUGGUUCAAAUGUAACAGCGGAUUUCAAAGAGUUGGAGCAGCCGAUGGCAUUUGUCUCCGUAGUGGUUCAUGGUCUGUCGCUGUACCAACAUGCCAACGUACAUGCAGUCGACCAGAUAAUGUCCUGCUCGCUUCAUUCAGUCCUUCCAGGGCUUUCUACUCAGUUGAUUCAAACGUUACUUACACCUGUUCUAAUGGCUACACUAUCAGUGGUGAAGCCACUUUAACCUGUCUAUCAAACGGUCAAUGGUCUCACGACGAACCAACUUGCACUAGAAUCACCCUCAAUUGCCCAGUCAUUUCUGCACCAGAAAACGGGUCGAUCGAACCAGUUAUCACUCGUCCAGUGAGCGCUGAAACAUCGGUUACUUUCUCUUGCGAUGUUGGGUAUGAAUUAAUUGGUGCAGGAAACAGCGAAUGUCAACAUGGUGGAGCAUGGUCCAAUGACGUGCCCACUUGUGAACCAAUCCAAUGCCCGACACCUGGUGUUAUUGAGAACGGCUCCUUUGAUCAAGCAAGUGGGCCUUACGGCAUCGAACAAACAGUAGAGUACACAUGCAGUGGUAACUACGUCCUUGAAGGUCAAGCAGUCCUUACAUGCUUGGUCAGUGGUGAAUGGUCUCAUGAUGAACCAGAGUGUGUUGAACCAGUGACAUGCCCAACACCGAUUGCUCCAGUUAAUGGAGGAAUCACUCCAAUCCAAGAUCAAUACCCUGUUGAAAUUGUAAUCUGGUACACAUGUGACGCCGGUUACACGACCACUGGACGAAAAGACGCUAUCUGCCGUGACGAUGGCACUUGGUCCAGCGAAGCACCUAUCUGUGUCGGCUUAACUUGCGACCGACCCGACGACAUCGACUUCGGAAGUUUGACCACACCAGGAAACACCUUUAACGUUGGCGCCACAGCAACUUACGUUUGCAACGCUGGAUAUGAGAUCGUUGGUCAGGAUGUUCUUACUUGCACAGUGAGUGGGGAAUGGUCGGACAACGAACCAACUUGUUCCAGAAUCGUGACUUGCCAAACACCAGUUGGACCAUCCGAUGGUAGCUUCACACCGACCCAGCAACCAUUCUUUGUUAACAGCGAAGUCACCUUCACCUGCGACGAUGGUUUCAUUCUUAAUGGUGAAUCUGUAAUCACCUGCCAAGAUUCUGGUCUCUGGUCCAAUCCUGAACCAACUUGUGAUCCCAUUCAAUGCCCGACACCUGGUGACAUUGACAACGGUUCAUUUGAUCCAGCAACUGGUCCUUACGGCAUCGAACAAACAGUAGAGUACACAUGCAGUGGCAACUACGUCCUUGAAGGUCAAGCUGUCCUUACAUGUUUGGACACUGGUUUAUGGUCCCACGACGAACCACAGUGUGUUGCUCCAGUAACCUGCUCAGUACCUGUUGAACCAGCAAACGGUGCAUACUCUCCAAUCCAAGACGAAUACUUCGUAAACACCGUUGUCACAUUCACAUGCGAUGAAGGAUACACAACUACUGAUAGAGAUGCAAUCAUCUGUAGAGCCGAUGGCACUUGGUCUAGUGAUGAACCAGUUUGCAACGCAAUUACUUGCGACCGACCCGCCGACAUCGACUUCGGAAGUUUGACCACACCAGGAAACACCUUCAACAUCGGCGCCACAGCAACUUACGUUUGCAACGCUGGAUAUGAGAUCGUUGGUCAGGAUGUUCUUACUUGCACAGUGAGUGGGGAAUGGUCGGACGACGAACCAACUUGUUCCAGAAUCGUGACUUGCCAAACACCAGUUGGACCAUCUGAUGGUAGUUUCACACCGACCCAGCAACCAUUCUUUGUUAACAGCGAAGUCACCUUCACCUGCAACGAUGGUUUCAUUCUUAAUGGUGAAUCUGUAAUCACUUGCCAAGAUUCUGGUCUCUGGUCCGAUCCCGAACCAACUUGUGAUCCCAUUCAAUGCCCGGCACCUGGGGUUAUUGAGAACGGUUCCUUUAAUCCAGCAAGUGGUCCUUACGGCAUCGAACAAACAGUAGAGUACACAUGCAGUGGUAACUACGUCCUUGAAGGUCAAGCUGUCCUUACAUGCUUGGACACCGGUUUAUGGUCUCACGUGGAGCCAGAGUGUGUUGCUCCAGUAACAUGCCCAACACCCGACGCACCCGUAAACGGGGUAGUAACGCCGAUCCAAAACGAAUACUUGGUUAAUGUCGUCAUUUGGUACACAUGUAACGCCGGUUACACAACCACCGGGCGAACAGAUGCAAUCUGCCGAGACGAUGGCACUUGGUCAAGCGAAGCACCUAUCUGUGUCGGCUUAACUUGCAACCGACCCGACGACAUCGACUUCGGAAGUUUGAUCACACCAGGAAACACCUUCAACGUCGGCGCCACGGCAACUUACGUUUGCAACGCUGGAUAUGAGAUCGUUGGUCAGAAUGUUCUCACUUGCACAGUGAGUGGGGAAUGGUCGGACGAUGAGCCAACUUGCCAAAGAGUUGUAGAAUGUGCAGCUCGUGCAGCUCCAGCUUCUGGCUCACUUUCUCCAUCCAAAUCGACCUACGCUGAGAAUGAAGUGGUAACCUUUUCUUGCAACCAUGGUUACAACCUAAGCGGUGAAAGCCAAAGCACAUGUCAAGCCAGUGGGCUAUGGGACCAUGAAGUUCCCACUUGCGUUCAAGCUGGACCUACCUGUGCUGGAAAAUGUGGUGCAUACGACAGUCAAGCUUCUUGCCAGUGUGAUUACAUCUGCUUUUACUACGACAAUUGUUGCAGUGAUUACCACGAUAUAUGUGUUUAAAGAGCAGUGUCGACACCAACAUCAAUAUAACAGUGAUUAACUCAAUGCAUUUAUCAUAUCUCAAGCAUUACUAAUAAUACAAAUAUAUUCAAAGCAUUAA